AUCCUACCGGUAACGAGAGGAAAGGAAAAAGAAUAUACGUAUACAUUUGCGGAAAGUCAAGGAUAGAAGUCGUGGACGACCUUUGGGCCGCGUUCCUAACGAAACCGGAGUGGCUCGUUUUAAUCGCGUGCCAGAUGCUUUGAGAUAUUCAAAACUAGCAUGGUCGGCGUCGUUGUUAAUCUUCCGAAGCAUCCUCCUCUCCUCCCACUCGCUAGCUUCAAUAAAAUCUAAAAGUUAAGUACGUCGUUCUCGAGAAAGAUACGCGAGGAAGAUGCGCAAGAUCGUUAAUGUUCACAGUAAAUAGCUUUGUCGUUCGUGCAAGUGGCUAGUUUCUCGUUAUUCGGUCUCUACAAAAAAUCAUUGAAAUUUGUAACGAUCGACUAGACAUUUUUUGCAGCGUAACUGUGCCAUCGCGUAUUUUAUCUUCCGUAUCUCGUGAUCAUUUCUCACACGAUGCGAAACGAAGCGAAGCAUACGUGCGCGCGCGUACUUGCAUACACGGCUGACGUAUGCGUGCUGCUAACCAUCUCAAUUAUUUAAUUCCGCUACGAGCAAGCAAAAAUCGUCGAUCCUCGUCGCUUCUUUCUUUGCUCUCGACGAGAACGAUUUUGCCUGGCGAUAUUUCCCAUUUCAUGUGCCUCCUGUGUUCAUCGAUCGACUACACGCACCUAGCACACACACCCUCUAUGUUUAUUUGCCUUCUGUGCCACCUUCUGUGCCACCUUCUGCGCCAAUAUGCAAAUGUCUACGGUUUCUUUGUAUCCGGAUAACCGGCGAUAAUAUAAGAUGAACGACCGUGUCCGUCCUCCUAAUCUCCUUUAGACGAACGUGUUUCUUGUUAAUCCACGUCCGAAAGUAGUCGCCAGAAGUAGCCAACUAGUUUUCUUGCCUGCAUCUCUCUUUCUCUUUUAGUACCUCGACAAUAACGAACGCGGGCAAUUGAAAAGGACCGUACAAACUUAGGUUUUAGAUGAGAGAGAGAGAGAGAAAAAAAAAAGUCACGGAAGCUCGACCUUAAGGUGAUUUAUCGCGACUAAUUUAUUCCAACUUGAGUACUAGCCUGCUCGAGUUUGAGCGGCUAUUUAAAGAGCCAUUUUCCAGGCAUACUCUUUUCGCUUCUAUCUCGAGGGAGAAGUAAAACUACUCUUGGAUAUUGCAGGUACAUAUUUAGAGAGGAAGCUAGUGGUCGGACGUGCAACAUCUUUCAACUAAAUGUUAUCGCAUUUAUCUUUCUCCCUCUUGAUCCCUCUCUAUCUCCUUCUUCUAUAUGAAAGAAAAAUAUUGGUAUUUAAUCGUACGUCGAGCUGAGGUAGAGGCGCCGAUGGAAACUAGCCAAAAGUGUAUCGUCCUCGCGACGGUCACGGUGAACGUAAUCGUCUUUGCUCGCAAAUCCACCCCGCAUAUGGUGCAGACAGGAAUGGCUGCGCCGUACGGUGGGGGUGUCUUCCCACCACCGGUAAACGGUGUCGCGGGUGUUGUUGGGGCAGCCGGGGCGGCAGGCGAGGUUAAACCACCCCCACCGGUACCGGUUAAAGAAGAUAAUAGCGGAGCGGGUCAGCAGGCUCCUCCAAGCGGGGCCCAGGUAGCAGCCCCAACGAGUGGACCACAUCCUUCGGCACCAGGGCAACCAACGGCAGCCAGUUUUAGUCCACCUCCGCCGCCGAAUGGCGUCGAUCAACAAGCCAUCUCGGAGGUCUUUCAGGCGGCAGUGGCUGCAGCGGCCGCCGCCGCGGCCAACAGCGGUGGACAACAAUCUUCUGCGACGCAAGGAGGAAACGAGGCAAGCCAAGAAGGAGCAGUCGAAGCUGGCUCUCUCGUGCCGGUGACUUCCGGUGCGACGACCCCGGCCACUGUAACGCAAGCCACGGAUUUGAAGGGCCAACCUAAGCGCCUUCACGUCAGCAAUAUACCCUUCCGUUUUCGAGAUCCCGAUUUAAGGGCAAUGUUCGGGCAAUUCGGCCCGAUCCUCGACGUGGAAAUCAUUUUUAACGAGAGAGGAAGCAAGGGAUUCGGUUUUGUAACAUUCGCAAAUAGUGCUGACGCGGACCGGGCACGUGAGAGGCUACACGGCACCGUGGUUGAGGGCAGAAAGAUUGAGGUGAACAAUGCAACGGCGAGAGUGCAGACGAAAAAACCACCGACGGUACCCAACGUUUGCGUUCAAUGGCCAGAGGCUGCAGCAUUAAGAGGAGUGGCAAUUCAAAGGGGAAGAGUUGGAGCGGCAAGGACAGCUUUUCCGAGCAGUGCGGCGGCGUUGGCGUUGGCCAGAAACCCAGGGCCGCUCGCGGCUGCGGCCGCUGCAACGGCCCUUCAUCCCUUUGCGCCUGCUGUCUACUAUGACCCCUUCUUGGCAGCGCACGCAGCGACACAGGACCCCAACUACAGGCUACAGUUGGAAUGGCCACAAGCUACAGCAGAAGCAGCUGCAGCGGCGGCCGCAGCAUCGCCAUUGCUAAAGACGCCACUCUCGACGGCACAGCAAGCGAGUUAUGCAGCUGCGGCGACCUACACGGCGGUGGCUGCGCGCGCAUACGGCGCAGCUGCAGCAGCAGCACAACCGGUCGCAGGAUAUGCCGCAGUAGCGGGUUACGGACGAGAAUAUCCCGACCCUUAUCUCGGACACGGUAUCGGCCCGGUCGCAGGAUACGGGGCAACGGUCUAUAGAGGCGGAUACAACAGAUUUACACCAUAUUAAAUAAGAGCUUAGAAAGAGAGAGAGAGAGAGAGAGAGAGAGAGAGAGAGAGAGAGWGUGUGUGUGAGUGUGUGUGAAAGAAAGAAAGAAAGGAAGGAAGGAAAAAAAGGGAGAGAGGGAGAGAGCUAAGAAAAAGGGUCGGCAAAAAACACGAGCAGAAAGCGACAAUGACAACGUCGUCGCCAAUAACAAUUGCAAUACAACGGCAGCGAUACACGUUCGCGCACACGCAUAUGCAACUAUAUACACGAAGUCGAUACAUUUAACGUUUACACGCAAAAUAAUGAAGGAAGAAGAGCGACGUCUGGACCCUUUGCGCCUGCCAACGUUCAAGAAGAACAGCUGUCCUCCCUCGUUCCACCACUAUCACCGACGCGUUCUCCUCGAUCGCGUGACCAAAUCAUCAUCCCACGCUCUUUUUGUCCUCAAACAUUUGCGUCUUUUAAAUCAUUAAUAAGAAAGAGAGAAAGAGAGAGAGAGACCUUUCCCCUCUUUUUUAUCCUAAUUUAUUUAUCAAAAGCAGUCUGGUGAGAAAAAAAAAUGAAGAAAGAAAACACAAGCAUUCUCUACUGAAUGAAAAACACUUAUCUCUCUUAGAAAAGUGAUUGGCGUCCUUUUAAAAAGCACUGAACAACGAAGAAUACAGUUGGACGUUGCACAGGAUUUCAACGGGGUCUAGUCAGAUACUCUCUCUCUUACCGGUUCCUAAUCGAAGCACCACCGAUUUUUAAACAUCGCAACGUUCUCAAUGUCAAAUUCCAAAUAUAGAUGACACAUCAUCUGAUUCUCUGAAAAAAAGAAUUUCGACUUGAAAACGAACUUAAUACUCUCUGGCAAGGCGAGCCAAAGGACGGACUCACUGCGCAUAUGUCUACUAAUAUAAGUCCUUUCGAAAAUUCGUUCGCCUUUCCAUUUUCUUUUUUUUUUUUUUGUUUUGUUUUUAUUAGUUUUCUUUUUCCUCUUUAUCUCUUUAUAUUGUAUUCUAGAAACGAUAGAAAUUAUGUCGAUAAAACCAAAUCGAAACGUACGUUUCUUGUGCAAAUGUAGCUUAUAACACGUUUAUAUUCAGUGUCAUUAGGCGUACGUUGCGCACUUGCUCUAUUUUAAUUAUUAUUAAUAUUAUUAUAUUAUUUUAUUAUUCUAUUACUAUUAUCAAUAUUACAUCGCGAGAAGGAUCUUUCAUUGAGAAGAAAGAAAAUAGCAAGAAAGAAAGAUAGUUGAUCAGGCUCUCGUUCACGAGAGUACAUAUAUGCGCAUUCGUCACUACCAAGUUUUAACAUUCAAAGAAAUACGAUUUUGGCUUAAUUAUAUCGAGCUGACAAUCGUCCUUAUAUUCUUCAAAGAUCGAUCUAUCUGUCGAAUGAUGAUCGGGGAAACGGGAGAAGGAAAAGUCUCGAUGCCGACGAACAAUUUGCAUCUUUGUUUUGCGUAUUUCAAAUAAGCGUAUAACAACGCUUUUCUAUCUUUAUGUAUAUUUUUGAUACGUCAUUCUUUAUAUAUCUACGCGGGUGCGCGUACAAUUCUAUGUGAAUUUUUAUAGAAAGAUUUAGGUAUUAUUAUGCUUUGCAUAAUUGUGUGUUUUAAUUAAAUAUCUUAGUAAAGAUAAAACGAGAACGUAGAGAAUCAGUUCUUAUUUUCGCUCAAAAUAGUUUGUCUCGAGAAACGCGUCUUUCGCAAAAAAAAAAAAAAAAAAAAACAAUUGUAAUCGUUGAAAGAUUCGUUAUUCCUUGCUCGCUUCUUCCGAUUGUAGUUAAGGAUUAAUAAGAUAUCAAGAAAGAGAGAAAAAAAAACAAACAAAGUAAAAGUUACACUUUUCGACGGAUUAACUCGAAAUGGAAAUUGAACGCACAUUGAGACGAGUGAGAGUGAUAUAUUACCUUACGCCCUUAUCUUUUAAGUUAUAAUUAGCGCGGGAGGAUUAAUCUAAUAUUAUACGUAAGCGAAUAAGACAUUUCUUACGAUAGAAUAUAUACAUAGAAGGAAGUAAGGACAUCGUUGCGCGCGCAAUAUUUGCACUCCUGAAGAGGAAACGAAAUGAAUGGAAGAGGGAAAUAGAGGACAGUGAACGGGCGAUAGGAAAAUGCGAGGAAUAUACGAUAGUAGCCAAAUAUGACGAAAGAUUUAUUUUUACCUAUCUAACGGCUGGAAUAACCUCUUAGCCGUUAUUUUAUCGUUUACUUUAUACAUCUCCCUAGAAUAUUAGAAUAAGAUUACCAAUGCAUAGCUCUCUCUCUCUUUCUCUCUGUUUCUCUCUCUCUCUCUCUCUCUCUAUCUAUCUUUAUCUAUCUCUAUCUCUAUAUUUCGAGACUUUUCCAAAUGGACUAAUGUAAGAAAAAGAAAAAAAGAGGUCUUUUUGCUUGCGUGUGCAUAGCUGCCAGUUAUAUAAAUGUGUAAAUAGAAAAGGAUCGAUCGUCGAGCACAAAGAGCGUAGCCGAAGAGGAUUAUUCAAGAUAUACUCAUAAUUUUCUUUUAAGCGUUAAGAUUGAUGGAUCGAAAUAGAUCCUAACAAUAUCCAACAAAAUAUGAAAAAUGUCUAAAUAAGAGGUAAUCUUAAUUGCUACGUGAUUACAGUUACGAUUAGGAUUAGAAAAUACGAUUACGAUUACGAUUACGAUUAACUUUAUUCUACCAAGAAAAUAGCUGGAAGGAUGGAUGGCUAUUAUUAAAGUCGAUAAUAAUUCAUUCUUUUCUUGGAGAGAAGAAUAAGAAGAAUUGAAAAAUAAAUAGAACCACUAUAGUAUUUAGAAAAGUUCAUAAUUCCCAUUGAAAAUAUUGAACAUUUCAAAGAAUGCGUCGUCUCGAAUGAACGAAUUGCUUUCAGAAUUAAUUCUAUGUAAUGUAAACUGUGACUAAAAUUUAUACUUACUCGUAAUCGAUAUCUUUAUCUGUAGGCUAUCACUAUAAAAUAGUUAUUAAAAAUUAAGUCAAGCUCAAAUUAAGGGAAAGCGCGUCACAAACUGCACAACCAUAUAUUUCGUUCUUCUCUUCUUUUCUCUUCUCUUCUCUUCUCUUCUCUUUCUUUUCUUCCGUUAUCUCUUUUCAAACGUAAUGUUUACAUUUUCUUCCUUCUUCUUCGUCUUAACCCUUGAAUUUGAUCUUUAAGUGACAAAAACUUAAGUGUAAAGACAAUUUUAAAUGGCAAUAUCUUUUUAUUUAACUCUUAGUCGAGUAUUCCUUAGAAAAAAAAAAUCAUCGAGAACACCAAACGGAAAUAGAGAAAAAAAAUAUAUCCAAUCAUAAUUGUUAAUAAGAUUAAGAAAAAACGUGAACUAAAGCACUGAAUAUCCAAAAAUUCAUUUCAUGAUUUCUUACAUCGGCUUGUAUCAGAUUAGUUAUUGAAAAAAAAAAAAAAUGUAAAAAGAAAACGAAACGAAAAAAAAGGAAGGAAGGAAGGAAGGAAGGAAGAACAAAAAAAUGAAGAGAUAAGUGAGCAGAAUUAGAACGUUAUUCAAUGAUACGCACCGUAUGUUAUACGUAUAAAUCUUACAACUAGCGAUAUAAAACAUUAAUUAAAGGAAAAUUUUUAAAAAAAUUUAGAUGAAUACAUGACGUAAUGACACACAUCUAACGAGUAACAUAUCCUAGCGUAUUAGGCAAGGGCGUAAAUCGAGAUCUCUCUGUGCUUUUUACCGUCUUACAAUUAGUUCUAUGAGAGAGAGUCGACGUUGCGCGAGGAGGCAAAAAAAAAUGGACAAGUAUAACACACGUGUAACACUUUCAUAGAAACUCAUUCACCCGUAAUACUCGAAAGGAGUUGGAAUCGUUGUCUCGAAAAAAAAAAAGUAACAACUCCUUGCGAUAAGAUGGAAGAAGAAAAAAAAUUUAAAAAAAAA